AUGGCGGAAGAGGCUGAACUCCUUCCCAAACAAUCCCAAUCCCAUUUCUUACCUAUCCAGCCAGAACUUGUAUUCAGAUCUCGUUCACGCUCCCAGCACUCUAGGAGCACCUUAUCUGUGGGAUGUAAUGGGAUUCUAAUCAACUCAGCGGAGCUGUUCAACAGCUGGCAGGAAACCAGACAGGGACAGGACCCACUGCUGCACAGCUCACCUAUAGUGCCUGCCAGCCCAACACUCUGCACCAUGUUCCUGUUCCUCUGCAUUGCCUUUCUCCACAGCCUUGUUCUGGGUGCUCCUGUGCUUUACCAGGGAGAAGAGCUAUCCCAAAACUACUGCCCAAUGGGCUGGUACGAUUUUAACGGACGCUGCUAUAGGUAUGUUGCUACACCACUGAACUGGCCUGAUGCUGAGUCCUACUGUUUGACUCAGGGAGGGAACCUGGUCUCUGUGCACAGUGAGGCAGAACACCAGUUCAUCAAAAUCCUGAUCCAGAGAUUCGACCCUGCGGAGAGAGGAACCUGGAUGGGUCUGUCUGACAUCCACGUGGAGGGGAGGUGGAUGUGGUCUGACGGGUCCAAAGUGGACUUCAUACCCUGGCAUCCAUCCCAGCCUGAUGGCGGACGGAAUCAAAACUGUGUAAUAACUAACCAUUUUGACCAAAGGUGGAAUGAUCAAGGUUGCAAUUACAGUCACGCCUUUGUCUGCGCCGAACGUCUCUGCUAG